GCUCGCAGGGAAACAGGGAGACUAUGAGAAAGCGCAGCAGCUCCAUUCAGCCACAUGGUCUCUCAGCCGCACGGAAGAGCUGCGCUGCUCACAGCCAGGUUCACGUAAGGGACUCGCACUGCUGCGGCCCACAGCGGCGCGCUUUCAGCCUUGCUCUGCGAGUGUUCAGCCGCACAGGCAGUUGAAAAUUAGUUUCCGGAUUAUUAGUUAAAAAAAAACUGUCGCUGAGAAGCGCAGAAGAAGAAAAGUUAAGAAACCCGAGCGUCUCCAAAGCGUGCUGAACUGAAAAGAGAGAGACAGACUUGGAUGGACUUUUUUUGUUUAGAGACCUGCUCACAGCAGUGCUCCGACUCCAACAAGAAGUGAGGAAUACGUUUUUGAAAAACUUUGUGAAAGCACUGAGCGGUGUUUUCAGACACUUUGGAGAGAGAUGGUGCAGCACAUAAGCCAGACAGAGAGCGCCCACGCUCAUUCCCCCGGCGGGGACUCCACGGACACGGGAGAGAUGGACCUGGAGAUGGAUGCGUCUCCUACCCCGGGGUCCCCCUCCUCCCGGGAGCGGAGCGACUUGGCGUGGUGCAAAACUCCGACGGGACACAUCAAGAGACCCAUGAAUGCGUUCAUGGUGUGGUCCCAGAUCGAAAGGAGGAAGAUCAUGGAGCAGUCGCCGGACAUGCACAACGCGGAGAUCUCCAAGCGGCUCGGGAAACGCUGGAAGCUGCUGAAAGACACGGACAAGAUCCCGUUCAUCCGUGAGGCGGAGCGGCUCAGGCUCAAACACAUGGCCGACUAUCCAGACUACAAGUACCGGCCCAGGAAGAAAGUGAAGUCAGGGAGCGGGGCGAGUAAGCAGGCGGACCGCGGGGAGAAGAGCGGGGAGCGCGGCGCCAAGUCCGGGGUCAAGAGAAGCCCCGCGUCCAAAGGAGUGAGCAGGACGCACAAGCAGGGGGGCGUGAGGAGCGCGGCGGCGCAGGACUACGCCUCUCCCGGUGACCACCAGUCGCUCUUCAAAUCCAGGUCAGUGUCCGGGGCCAGGCAGAUCCCGGAGAAGCGCAGCGGAGAGGCUCGGCGCGCGCACAUGUUCGGAGGGGCUGGCAGCCUGGAGAGCGGGCCUCCGUCCGUGGGAGUCCCGGCCAGUCCCGCCUUGAGCAGCUCGGCGGAGUCCAGCGACCCGCUCAGCCUGUACGAAGAGCAGAGCCCGGCGGCCAGCGAGACCUCGCACACCGCGCGCCUCAGGUACACCCGCCCUUCUUCUCCAACACCGUCGGCCUCUCACUCCUCCUCCUCCGUCUCGUCAUCGGAUGAAGAGUUCGAAGACGAGCGGCUCGACCUGAACCCGAGCCCCGGCUUUGAGAGCAUGUCUCUGGGCGGCAUGGGCUUCUCCGACGCGGAGCUGGACCGGGACUUGGACUGGAGCUUCGGGGAGUGCGGGGCGGGCUCCCACUUCGACUUCUCCGACUACUGCACCCCAGAGGUCAGCGAGAUGAUCUCAGGAGACUGGCUGGAGUCGACCAUCUCCAAUUUGGUGUUCACCUACUGAAAGGUGGGAGAGAAGCGCGACGCCCGCCCCACCACCACCCGCCCAGCAACGUUUUGAACUGUUCAAACCCACCCCACCCGACACCUCAGACAGGCGUGUGCGUCCACACCAGAAGAUUCCCGCUGUUCUUUCACUAAAUGAGGGAGAGUGAAAACGGGAAAGAAAAGGGUAGGCCUGUGUGCGCGUUGAAGCCCAGGCACGCGCUGCUCACAGACUUGUUGGAACUGCGCUCCGUGCGCUUGACGGGAACGCGCAGACCUGUGGGGAGGAGGGG